CCUCAAACUGGAAUACAGUUACUACUCCAACGUGCACUCACUUGUCGACUCUUCUUCUCUUCCCACCCCUUUUGCUCUGUUUUAUACAUAUCUUCAAUAUUUAUUAGAUGUACUCGCUGUGGUCCUCUGAACCUUUGUCGUAUCGUCUUCGGCUUCGUACACCUCCGUAUGCUCCCUCUCUUUCGACGGCGAAGUCUUUUCAGCCCACGCCCAGUCCUACGCAUACCAAGCAUACCUACACGUUCACUGAGUGUAUUGCCCACGCCACUCGUGACUCACGCUGAGAUUUGGGAUCCUACGCAGCAUAGAGGCUUACAACCUCCACCUCUGCCCCCUUUGACUGAAUCGGAUCGCCUCUUACGAAAUCAGCGCAAGAAAACGCGCAGACAUUUGGUACAUACGGAAGGACUCAUCUUAUUCACUGGAAACCAGUCGGCCAACAACGAUCUUCCACACAUUCGAGAGUUGAAAGGGCUAUUACGUAUCGUCGAAUUGGGCGAAGGCAAGGGACGCGGUGAAGAAUUAUGGCACGCCUACCACUCAGCCAAAGAGCGGACCCCUGAUCUAAGUUCAGCAUUGACAAAGAGAGCUUGGGCAACUCUUCUUGCUUUGAGACGUCCCGAAAUCGACCACGUGAGCCGUCCGAUCCGCGCGGAUUGGAUCGAGGCCAAGCCGAAAUUUCGCAAACGCCCCCGAAUGAAACAUCUGAAAAGCAUGAUGAUGGAUGGUAGAGAGACCGAUGCAUUAAAAGAGUGGGAGCAUGAUCAUUACAAAGACAAUUCGCCCCAACGAAUUGAUUUCAUGCCAGAGCACCUUGAAUUAGGGGUGAAGCUCUACGCGCUGACUGGGAAUGCGGAUCGAGCACUAGACAUAAUGAAAGAGUUGUUUAAACUUCAUCCGAGGUGGAACACGUCAGUAAUGAUGCUUGUUUUUCGCGUUCAUACCGAUACAAAUACUGAGGAACACCACGAAAAGGCUUGGAACAUCUAUCGGAAGAUGCGAAAAUCGCUAGGGAAGCGUGCAGCAUUGGAAGACUAUGAUGCUUGGUUCGUAGGUUUUCUCGAAUGUAGGCAUAACCUCUAUGCACGGUUGGUUUUCCAGGACAUGAUUCGAGCAAGAGUAAUCGAGGCGGCAUUCCCACCCCCAGAAACGGGAAAGAGUGGAGAUGUAGCCAGAAAACAUGUCUAUGAGACACUCAGAAGGCUGUACCUUCUCAGUCGAUUAGGGACAGACAUCCUGAGGAUUACAGAUAUCUAUCUCUUGGCAAUUUCGGUACUCCCGGCCUCCUACCAUUCGCACAUAUACCUCAACUGGAUGGCAAGUGCAAUUGCGUUUCAAGCCCCGAAUCAUUUGGGCCACAUCCUCAACAUGAUGAUCAAGCAAAAUCUUCAACCGGCCACAGAACACUACAAUCUACUGUUGAAGGCUCUUCUCCGUACAGGCGAGCAGCCUAGUAUUAACAAAGCUGAGGAUCUCGGAUGGAGAAUGGUCGAAGAAGCAAGAAAACAGGGGCCGCCAGCGAGUGGCGCCAAGUUGCUCUCUGCUACUAUUGCGAAUGCGAAGGACAGCAUGCAAAACAAAGGACCAGAGCCUAUUGAUGCCAAUAAGGCCAGAAAGAUCCCCGGUGCUGAUGGAGCUACGUUCGCUCUGAUCAUGCAGCACCAUGCAGAUCUCGAUCAGUGGGAGCAUGUCGAUUAUCUGGCUCGACGACUUGACAAAUCAGGAAUUUCACCCAACGAUGACCUCAUGAAUGUUCUCAUAUCCAAUCAUACCCGCAAAGGGCAAUUUGGCAAAGCGUGGACGACGUAUACAAACCUUACUACCGCCUCGAGGAGCACACCUGGAGUCUUCCCGAAUGGAACCACUAUCAGGUAUGUGUGGAGAAAUCUCCAACUUGCGCUCCACCAUGACGCGAGCAAGGAUAGCUCUGUUCUGCCUUCACCGCGGUUAUUACUGGCAGAGACGGUUACCUGGUGGCAAAAAUGUCACCAAAGAAUGGAUGCAGACCACUUCCUUACCGGACUGGCUGCAAGCAAUAGAACCGCAAUUAUCCACAUGAUGUUGCAUUGUUUCAGCUACACCAGGGAUUUUGCAGGCUCUUUGGUUGCUCUACAUGUUCUGAGGCAGUACUUCGACAUCUAUCCUUUAGUCGACACUAGGAAAGUCCUUCAGUUUCAAGCGACAUGGACAGAGGAGUUUGAUCCCCGACGGCGCACUCGGGGACUGGUUCGCCGAGCCUACGACUGUGAGAAAACCAUGUCCACGAUGGAAGCCAUAUACGAAAUACUUGCAGAGCAAAGAUGGGAAAGAAUGGGGUAUACAAGCGAUGAUGAGCGGAUCGUUGAUCUCGAUCCCAUUGUUGUGGAGCAGGCAGAGCUCGAUCUUCUGUCUGAGUUCAUCAGAGUGAUAAUGAAGCGAGCCGAAGACCCCGAGACGGUUGAAGCAAUGAUUGCUCAGGCCAAGGAGGAGGUUGGCGUCCCGCAUAUGACAACUGGCGAUUUGGAUGCAUUUAGCGUUGCUUGA